AUGGAUGCAACUUUUAAAGUCGAUAUGGACAUUGGAGAAAGCAUAAUUAGGCAAGGAUUUUUGUGUCCAUUUUGCAUGCAAGAUCUCGGUGAAUUAGCGUAUUUACAUGCGCAUGUCGAAAAAUUUCAUCCUGAAUCGAUUCCAACUUCGGAUGCUUUUGAUCACCUAAAAGGUUUCAUUGAUAAAGCCAAGCAAAAAAUUCGAAAAUUCGAUAGUCCAUUCUCUAGUCUCGAUUUACCGUCUUUGGCUGUGAUUUCAUCGUCAAACGAUGGACAACAAAAUACAAAAGAAAUGAGAAAGGAAAAAGGGGAUCAAGGUCUACUCUCCGGAUAUGCGAAAAAAUUUUAUCAAGAGAUUGGUUUAUCAUAUAGUCACACUGAUUAUUUAAUCAAAUGUCGUGCACCUUGUAUCAAUGAAUCGGCUGUACAAACUAAUAAUUUAAUUAUUCGUCUCGAUAAAUUGAUAAAUCAGUGUCCAGAAGAUAUCAAUAAACGCAAAGCAUUUGAAAAAGAAACAGUUCCAUGGGUGGAUAAUAGCCAAGCUUCUGUUUGUUUUAAGUGUAACCAGAAAUUCGUACUGACAAAAAGACGGCAUCAUUGUCGAUUGUGUGGUCGAAUUAUGUGUCAUUCUUGUUCAAGAUUUCUCUCGUUUUUCACAGCUCGCAAACUAACUAAUCCUGCUUAUGCUGCUCAAAUGAUAGAGGAGAUAAAUCUAUCCAAUCAAGAAAGAGAAACUGAAGCUCAUUCUUCUAAUCAACGACCAUUAUCUCGUUCAGUUUUUAGUACUAAAGUUUUAAAAAACGCUGUUUCUGGUGAUUCACUGAGUUCGAUGAAACGCAAAAGUGAAAAAAUACUUGUCUCAACAAUGUCAAUCAUAAAAGGCGAAACCGGAGAAGUCAGUUUAUCGUCGUUGCUACAACAGGACGCAAAUGAACAUCUUCGAAUUUGUGAACUUUGCAAGAAUCUUUUGGACCAACGUGAUGAAAAAAUGGAUCAAUUAGCUUCGCCUCCAAUGAUUGUCGUUCUCUAUGAUAGACUUUGUACUCUUUUUCAAGAAACUCAUAAACUAGCUCCUUCUUAUUUGCGAAUGGCUGAAUCACUAAGGCGAGGUGAAACAAUAUAUACCUUAGAUUCUGCUAUUCAGCUGCGCAGCAGAUUAUUUAAUUUAGAACAGCAGAUUGAUUCGGUCAGCCUGAAAAUCGAAAAUCUCAAAUCUAUUGAGGGAAGUGAACAACACCAACCUUCGCGAGAAAUUAUUUUGCAAAAAAAUAUAAGGAUUUUGUCGCUUCGAAUUGUGCAAGAGCUUAUUGUGUUUAUGGUUAAUCUGCCUAAUGAAGAGCAGUAUAAGGAACUAAAAGAAAAGAGGAGCUCAGAAAUGAAGUUACAAAUACAGCUGGAGCGUGAGCGAAGUUUGGCUGACUUAAAAAUUUCUUACUCCAAUCCAUUGCUGGAAAAAAUUUUAUGCACAACGUCUGAGAAACAAACUCAUACGAAUGGAUUUGUUGGUACUGGUUUCGAACUUCGAAGAGAAGGAUGGCUACCAUCUUCUACUGUCUUUAACAAUCCGUUUAUUGACGAUGAUGAACAAAUUAAUCCUUUAAAUCAACAGAUCUUGAUAAUCAAAAGUUAUUUAAAGCAAGCAGCUGAAGAUGGCCGGCUGGAAGAAGUUGAAAUUCUGGAAAAGAAUCUCGGUGAAUUAGAGGAGGAAUUAAAACGCUCAAAUAUCCAAGCCUUCUAG